GUAAUUAUAAAAGAUGAGAUAGCCGCACAUUUGGAUAGCAGUAACAGAAUCGGUCCGAGUCAGCAUGGAUUUACGAAGAGGAAAUCAUGCUUGACUAAUCUUCUGGAAUUUUUUGAAGAUGUAACUAGGAAAAUGGACUAGGGAGAGCCAGUGGAUGUAGUGUACCUGGACUUUCAGGAAGCAUUUGAUAAGGUCCCACAUAGGAGAUUAGUGGGCAAAUUUAGGGCACAUGUUAUUGGGGGUAGAGUGCUGACAUGGAUAGAGAAGUGGUUGGCAAACAGGAAACAUAGAAACCUAGAAAAUAGGUGCAGGAGUAGGCCAUUCGGCCCUUCGAGCCUGCACCGCCAUUCGAUAUGAUCAUGGUUGAUCAUCCAACUCAGUAUCCCAUCCCUGCCUUCUCUCCAUACCCCCCGAUUCCUUUAGCCACAAGGGCCACAUCUAACUCCCUCUUAAAUAUAGCCAAUGAACUGGCCUCAACUACCUUCUGUGGCAGAGAGUUCCAGAGAUUCACCACUCUCUGUGUAAAAAAUGAUUUUCUCAUCUCGGUCCUAAAAGACUUCCCUCUUAUCCUAAAACUGUGACCCCUUGUUCUGGACUUCUCCAACAUCGGGAACAAUCUUCCUACAUCUAGCCUGUCAAACCCCUUAAGAAUUUUGUAAGUUUCUAUAAGAUCCCCCCUCAAUCUUCUGAAUUCCAGCGUGUACAAAGAGUAGGGAUUAACGGGUCCCUUUCAGAAUGGCAGGCAGUGACUAGUGUGGUACCGCAAGGCUCUGUGCUGGGACAGCUAUUUACAAUAUACAUCAAUGAUUUGGAUGAAGGGAUUCAAAGUAACAUUAGCGAGUUUGCAGAUGACACAAAGCUGGGUGGCAGUGUGAACUGUGAGGAGGAUGCUAUGAGAAUGCAGGGUGACUUGAACAGGUUGGGGGAGUGGGCAGAUGAGUGGCAGAUGAAGUUUAAUGCAGAUAAAUGUGAGGUUAUCUACUUUGGUAGCAAAAACAGGAAGGCAGAUUACUAUCUAAAUGGCGUCAAGUUGGGAAAAGGGGGAGUACAACGGGAUCUGGGUGUCCUUGUACAUCAGUCUAUGAAAGUAAGUAUGCAGGUACAGCACACAGUGAAGAAAGCAAAUGGCAUGUUGGCCUUUAUAACAAGAGAAAUCAAAUAUAAGAGCAAAGAGGUCCUUCCGCAGUUGUACAGAGCCCUGGUGAGACCACACCUGGAGUAUUGUGUGCAGUUUUGGUCCCCUAAUUUGAGGAAGGACAUUCUUGCUAUUGAGGGAGUGCAGCGUAGGUUUACAAGGUUAAUUCCCGGGAUGGCGGGUCUGUCAUAUGCUGAGAGAAUGGAGCAGCUGGGCUUGUAUACUCUGGAGUUUAGAAGGAUUAGAGGGGAUCUCAUUGAAACAUAUAAGAUUGUUAAGGGUUUGGACACGCUUGAGGCAGGAAACAUGUUCCCAAUGUUGGGGGAGUGCAGAACCAGGGGCCACAUUUUAAGAAUAAGGAGUAAGCCAUUUAGAAUGGAGAUGAGGAAACACGUUUUCUCACAGAGAGUGGUGAGUCUGUGGAAUUCUCUGCCUCAGAGGGUGGAGGAGGCAGGUUUUCUGGAUACUUGCAAGAGAGAGCUAGAUAGGGCUUUUAAAGAUAGCAGAGUCAGGGGACAUGGGGAGAAGGCAGAAACGGGGUACUGAUUAAGGAUAAUCAGCCAUGAUCCCAUUGAAUGGCGGUGCUGGCUCGAAGGGUUGAAUGGCCUACUCCUGCACCUAUUGUCUAUCGUCUAUUGAAUCAAUUAAACUGGAAAUAAUGACUGGAAGAUUUGCUUUUGUUAUUGACUGCGUAAAUUCGGUCACUCCUCCCUGCCAGUGUAGUAAUGACAAUGGAAAGGAUUGAAAUUGCCAUUUCAACCACCAUACAUUGCCAUGUAUCUUCCCCAUGUGUACUCAUAUUUCUCCCACCAUCUCUCAUCUCCGCUCACCCUGCUCCUUUUCCUUCCUUUGCACAUUCAUCUCCCAUUCUCGAAUCCCAUUCUUCCCAUUUAUCCACCCCUCCUUCCUCUCCAUCCGUCCAUUUUCACCUACAGCCCUCCCUCCUAUUUUUUUUUCUCACUCCCCCUCUGCCUCCCUGAUCUCACGCCCUUUUGGCUCCUUUCAUCUCUAGCCUUUGUCACUACUACACCCAUUUGCUAAUCAACCCCCCCUCUCUCCCCACACUAGCUAUCAGCUUGUCAGGCUUUGUCCCACCUCCAUAUUUCUUCAGCGUUCUCCCAUCCUCCACAUUCCAAUCAGUCCGAAACAAAUCCCUACCCGAAAUUUGGUCUCUUAAAUUCUUCACAAAUGCACUUCGUUUUUUGCUCAAGAUUCCAGCAUCUGUAGUUUUUUGUGUGUCCAAUAUUGGCUCUUGCUACUUUUCGCUCAGUAAGGAAGUGUAAGGUAUGCGUCACCCUUGUCAUUUUUAUUGAAUCCAAGGCUGCAGGUUUACAAUGAAUGGUUCAUUCGCUCUAAUAUGUAAUAGAAUAGGAGGGUGAGGGACUGUUCGGAUCUUGUCUCCAGCAGGACUUUGGACAUGUCUCAACCUCACUUUAAUGUCUGCAGUUUUAUUCGAAAGAAGCUCCGGCAUUCGUAGCUGAAAUAUUAAUAACAAAAUCAUGUAAAAUAUUUGGAAAUACAUCUUAUAACAAUUCCGCCUCUGCCAUCGAGGUGGGGUUUUAAAACAAGGCUUUUAAAUGAAGGCAGGGUUUUAAAUAUUUCUGAACACACUCCAGUCUGCAUUUGGAAAACGGCACAAAUGAUGGCUUUAAUUUAAUGCACAUGAAAUGCUAUUAUGUCAUUGCGCCGCCAAUUCAGUUUCCAAUUUUAUGGAAACUGGUAUGACCUUUAUUCCCGGAGAGAAAUGAAAGGAUGAGGGUUUUUCCCCCCUCAAUAAUGAAUAAGCAGAGCAUUUGGGCUGGGUUGGAGGGGAGCAGGUGGCGCGGUUCGCUUUCCCUUCCCCAGCCAUUGUACGCCCAGGUUUUCGGUGAAAUUACAUCAAGUCACUUUCACCACCACCUCCAGCACUGACGUAAACCUGAUAGGACGCAGCAGCAGGGCGCAGAGACACUGAGACGAAACAACAGGGAAAAAAUCCCACACACAUGCACACGGGCGAAAGAGAUGUACAAUGCGUGUGGGGCAGCUUCAGGUCGACGUGGAUCUAUCCAAGCAACCGUGCGAAGACAUUUCUUCUGAAAUGCCAUGAAACAGUUGUUGGAGAUUUAGAUACAUUCUGCUGCAGACUGCCGCAUUGGCUGGGUGAUGAUAGGAAUCGUAUUCUGCAAUGUGAUGGCUGGUAUAUUGAUCUGAGGUGCAUAUAUCUCCUCAAUGCGCGCUAGUCAGUCGGAUCUCUUAGCGCUGGGUUACAACGACUGUUGUCGAUCCUCUACGUUUUUCAUGUAGGUAUUUCGACCGUGUUACUGAAUUCGCACGAUUCUGGAGGAGGAAAGAUCAACAGCGAGGAUGAUGAUCGGAAGCUAAAAGGCAGGUUGGUGAGCCUGUUCGCCGCGCGGAUUUUGCACAGACAUACCCUGCACAUAUUACAAAGGCAGCGAGAGAACAAUGACUCAUUUACAGGCAGGGCUUUCGCCAGAAACUCUGGAGAAAGCUAAACUCGAGCUGAAUGAGAAUCCGGACACCUUACAUCAAGACAUCCAGGAAGUGCGAGAUAUGAUUAUCACUCGACCAGACAUCGGUUUCCUUCGGACUGAUGAUGCUUUCAUCUUAAAGUUUCUCCGAGCCCGAAAGUUCAACCAUUUCGAGGCGUUCCGUCUCCUGGCUCAAUAUUUCGAGUAUCGUCAGCAGAACCUGGACAUGUUCAAGAACUUCAAAGCCACCGACCCAGGGAUCAAACAGGCGCUGAAAGAUGGUUUCCCCGGUGUGCUUUCUAACCUGGAUCAUUAUGGCAGGAAAAUCUUGGUCCUCUUCGCUUCCAACUGGGACCAGAGCAGGUAUACAUUAAUAGAUAUUUUGCGUGCCAUCCUGCUAUCAUUGGAAGCAAUGAUUGAAGACCCAGAACUGCAAGUGAAUGGAUUUAUUUUGAUAAUAGACUGGAGCAACUUUACUUUCAAGCAAGCCUCUAAAUUAACACCGAGUAUGCUCCGAUUAGCCAUUGAGGGAUUACAGGACAGCUUUCCCUCUCGUUUUGGAGGAAUUCAUUUUGUCAAUCAGCCAUGGUAUAUUCAUGCUCUUUAUACUGUCAUUAGGCCCUUCCUGAAAGAGAAGACCAGAAAAAGGAUAUUUAUGCAUGGAAAUAAUCUGAACAGUCUUCAUCAGCUCAUUCAUCCCGAAAUACUGCCUUCAGAAUUUGGAGGAAUGCUGCCACCUUAUGAUAUGGGAACAUGGGCAAGAACUCUGCUGGAACACGAAUAUGAUGAUGACAAUGAAUAUGUUAGUGAUUCCUACAAUAUGUCUUUCAAGGAUGUAGAAAAGACCCUGUCUCCAAAAUCUAUGAAAAGAUCCCAGUCGGUGGUUGAAGCUGGAGUUCUGAAACACAUAGACAAAGAUGAUGAAAAUACUCAGCCUUUGCUUUCUCUGGAUUAGUAUCUUCCAAGCCACAGAGUAAUUAAGAGCGAAUAAAGCACUUCUUCGAGAGGGGAUCUGCACUUAACACAGAGGAUACUGUAUAAACUACAGUGGUAACAUGUCACUUGGUAUGGACAUUGCAAACUAGAAGUAGGCUGUAAUAUUUGCAGAUGCAUCCUCGCCUGCCUGUUUGAAUGGUAGCUGUUGGUAAAUUAUGUCUUUAUUCAACAA